AGGGGGGAGCCCGACUCGCUGCAGGCGGAAGCGCCGCUGCCAUUGGCCCAGCGGCGACGAUUACCUGCACGGGGCCCGGGCGCAAAGUCCGAGGCGCGAGGCGGGGGCGGAGGCGGGGGCAGGCGGCAGCGUAGGUGGGCCCGCACUCUCGGCCAGGCAAGAUGCCCCUGGGGCUGCGCGGGAAGAAGAAGAAGUCCAAGGAGACCGCCCCGCUGGUGGGGGGCGAGCAGACGGACGCGGGCGGCGGCAGCGUCCCCGGCCCCCCGGCUCCCGCGCGCAGGCUCGUCUUCCACGCGCAGCUGGCGCACGGCAGCCCCACGGGCCGGGUGGAGGACUUCUCUAGCGUCCAGGAGCUCUACGCCAAAAUCGCGGGCGUGUUUGAGAUCUCGCCGUCGGAGAUCUUAUAUUGUACUUUAAACACGCCUAAAGUUGACAUGGAAAAACUCCUAGGAGGACAAAUAGGACUGCAAGAUUUGAUCUUUGCCCACGUGAAAGGAAUCAAAAAAGAAGUGAAUGUGUAUAAAUCUGAUGAUUCACUUGGUCUCACCAUUACAGACAAUGGUGUUGGCUAUGCUUUUAUAAAGAGAAUUAAAGAUGGUGGCAUUAUUGACUCAGUUAAAACCAUUUGUGUUGGGGAUCAUAUUGAAUCUAUAAAUGGAGAAAGUGUUGUUGGGAAGCGUCACUAUGAUGUUGCUAAGAAGUUAAAGGAAUUAAAAAAAGAGGAACUCUUUACCAUGAAGUUAGUAGAACCUAAGAAGGAAUUUGAUAUAGGGCCAAGGUCGAAAGCUGGAAAAUCAUCGGCAGAAAAAGUUGGUACCGGAAAGGAAACUCUUCGCCUGAGAUCAAAAGGUCCUGCCACCGUGGAAGAAGUGCCUUCUGAAGCCAAAGCAAAGGCAAUUGAAAAGAUUGAUGAUCUUCUUGAAUUGUACAUGGGAAUUCGAGAUAUUGAUUUAGCUACCACAAUGUUUGAAGCUGGAAAGGACAAAGGUAAUCCAGAUGAAUUUUGUACGGCACUCAACGAAACUCUUGGAGACUUUGCGUUCCCAGAUGAAUUUGUCUUUGAUCUUUGGGGAGCCAUUGGUGAUGCCAGACGAGGAUGAUUAUGAUGUGGGUGAUCUGCCUCUGAAGAAAUGAGCCAUUGUUAUUAUUGUUAAAAAAUCCCUAUAAGAUCUGCUUUUGGACACUGUAUGAACUCUGGUUUAAUUGUAUGUGUAUGGAAUACAUUCUUUGAAAUAUAAGUUUGAUUUCUGGGUACUUUUUAAUGCAGCUACUUAUGUAGUAUUCUUGAAAUAAAUUCCUAAAAUAUGA